UCGAUGCUGUGUCAGUCCAGUCUUGUGGCCGAGGUAGCAACUGCGUCGGCAAUCAGAACAGCUCUUCUUGAAAUCCGUUAAACUUCCUGCUAGUAAGCAGCAGCAAUGUGACCAUGCCACCAUACAACUCGCCAGUCCGUCUGGAGAAACUGUCGCUGCAGACGGCAGGGAAAUUCGUGUCAGAGCUAGGCGUUCAGCUCGUGAAGUCAGCGCAUUCUUCCUCCAUGCCGAACUUCACCACGGUCGGGUCCACCUCACUGUUCCCUGCCAGACAGAUCAGGAGGCAUCUGAAAGACAUGCUCCAUCACGCCGUGUCCUACCGACUGUCUCCUAUCAGCUCGAAACACCUGCUUCACGCACAGCGGGUGUGCAGACAUCUGCAACAGGUGCUCGUCAACAUGGUCCCAUACUACAUGGUCAACGCUGUGACGCUGGAACUGCUCAAGCAGCUGGACAAUCGCUUUGAUGAAGUUCACGCUCUUGCUGAACAGCCUUGGUGCAGACGAAUCCUGCACGAGAUCGUGAAGGCGAUCCUACAUCCUGAACUCACUGAACUGUUCAUAACCUGGAGAUGGAAGUACAUUGCCGAGUUCGUUAUCACUGAGAUGAGUAACCUGUCAAACCUGAAGGUCUUCAAAUUGCCUCUUAAUGUCGAGUUCAUAGAGAAGGCAAAGACAAGUUCAGUGGAACUGACUGUUAAGAAACAGCUGCCUACAAUGGCCAAAUUGCAGAAGUUUGUGUUCCAUCAUUACUGCACUGACGAAACUAUUAGAGCACUCUGCGAAUCUUGCAGCCUCUUAAAGUGCCUUGACAUUUAUCUUUCGAACAAUGUCACUGAUGCCAGUGUUCAGCACAUAAUGAAACUGAAAUAUCUGGAGGAGCUGGAUAUCACUGAAACAGACAUUUCAGACGAAGGACGAGUUCGUCUUCUCACCGGACUGUCACAGAACAGCGCCAAACCCUUGAUCAGCUACAGGACUUACAGCUUCACGAAUCCAGAAAUCAGUGUGUUAUCUAACCAGUUUCCUGACCUCAGAGAGUUCAGCGCAAGUCUCCUCCGUGAAGACUUAUCAAUUCGUGACUUCCGAAGAUUUUAUAACCUUGAAGUGUGUCAUAUAUACAGCUACGGCGAAUUUUUAUACAGUGAUGUAUUUGAAUACAUUGGAAGUCAUUUGUUAGAACUUUCAUUCGUUGGACCUUCUGUAAAUAUAACUGACAUAAUCAAAAACUGUCCCAAUCUCAAGAGCCUUGUGAUCAAGGCAGACCACCUGCGGAUGGAUAACGCUCAUUUGCCAGGACUUUUCUCUCUGCAGCACCUGACCCUUCGGACACGUGACUCGCCAGGUGCCACAGUCCUGCUGUCUCAGUGCCAAAAUCUGACGUCACUGCAACUGUGCACCCAGCAAAUGUUCUUCAUGUUGCUGAACGAGGUGAUGCUGAAGAACAGGCUAGCGAGUUUGCAGCAUCUGUGCGUUGGCUCGCUGAAUGAGAACGUUCCUCCAGAUGCCGUGGCAUUCUUGACGCAACACUGCACAAAUCUGAUGACUUGCAAAGUGUUUGGGGGACAAGACGCCGAGCUGAGGGCGCUCUACCAGCAGUAUCCUGGGGUGCAAGUUGAACCUGACCUUUGGAUACAGCUUGCCGAUAAUGUUGGAUUUGCAAACAAAGGUCGAAAAACAGAAAUUGUUAAGACAAUCGUCAAUUAUAUGUAUGAAUUCAGAUCACCUUACAGUUUUGAAUAUAAUUAACUUCACUUUCAUUUCGUGUUUAUGGCUCAAAUACAGAAUGCUCGAAUUUUCUUCAGCAUUUUCUGGAUAAUCUGAAGGUGGCCUGUCUCAGUUCUCAUGUUAUGGAAGAUAGCCCUGCUAUAUGGGGAGAUGCUAUUGGAUGACGCUCAUCUUUACGUCGUUUACAAAGAGAACUAAACUGCGCCAUGGUCAGUGACGUGGACUAUAACGUCAUCAUUAAAGUGUUACUGGCUUAUAUUUUCAACACGCUUCUAGUGUUCAUACAUCAGCGAGAAGCUCACGCAUACUUAUAUGGGGUGGGUAUACCGAAUUUUGCUAGAAGCAGACAGAAGAUCACCACGGAUGAGGCCAAGCCAGUAGAUUUUGUGCGGUCAGUAUCCAGAUAAAAAGCCCGAAGGAGAGAACGAAUGAUGAAUGAAGUGAAAAGAGGGUUUGGGAAGAAGAGGUCGUAGCCUAAUUGUAGUAUUAUCCCGGUACGUUUGUGGAGAGACCGAGAAGAACCACGGAAACAUCAGUGUAUAUACCCGGUGUUCUAUUCAAGAUUCCAACCGAACAGAAUACAACUAGAAAUGCUGAGUUCUACUGCCAAACCAACAUGUUCGAUGGCAGGCCAAUGAAUUUAUAAAUCCUUGUUAUUUAACGACGCUGUUUCAUACGCGUGGGUUAUAACCAUGUUGUAAAUAUAAAAUGUAAUAUUUUUGUUGUA